CACACGUGGCAGCACGUCGACGCAGGUUCGUUACCACCGACAUAUCGUCUCACUCACUUUACCUUUCGCCUCGACCCGAGCAGCUUCCGACAUGCAAUCGACGCCCCAGCACGACUCAGCGCCGCAAGUCGGCAGCUACAACGACGACGCCGCGGGUCUCACGCUCGGCAAGUGGGAAGCCGGCAUCUUCAGCUGCUUUGACGCCGUCGUGCCCAACUGCCUCAUGGCGACCUGCUGCCCGUGCGUGUCGCUCGCGCAGACGACGCACCGCCUCGGCUUGUACUCGUACUCGAAAGUGCUCAUGGCGUACGGCGGCCUCUGGGUCUGCAUGAUGCUCUGCUCCGUCUUGGCGAGCGUCUCGACGAUCUUCUCGAUCGUGCAGCUCGCCUUGUACGUCGUUGCGUUCGUGUACCUCUUCCAGAUCCGCACCAAGGUGCGCACGCUGCUGCAGAUCCCGGGCACGCAGGCCGAAGACUGUCUCUACUCGUUCUUCUGUGGCUGCUGCUCGCUCGCGCAAAUGGCGACGCAGGCGAAGGCGUACGACGCUGGUCAGUGCUCGUUUGGCGCCAAGGACACGCUGCCGGCGUACACCAUGGCGUAAGCUCGGAAAAAAUCCUUGUACUACACUCUUGUGAUUGAAUAUGAAAAUUGAAUUGAACCAUUGAAUGUGA